CGACAACAUCCUGAAGUCCAACGAAGAAGAGCGACAAGCCCCUCCGGGUUCAGCCAGGGCUCGGAGUUGAAAGAAGGCUGCAUACCCGGUCACCGGGGGGGUCACCAAGGUUCCUGCUGUCUGUCGUCGGAACAGGAUGACAGGAAACACUUCCGUGACAAUAACAUUGAAGCUUCGUUAUUGAUGUCAGGAGCACAUUAGACGACUAUCAGGAGGACUUGAAGCCAGUAAACCCCUGACGGGACAGACCAGAUCUAUUUUUUUUCUCCUCACUUGAGACAAAUGGUUUUGAAUCAUGGAUCAAGGUGUUGUGGACAGUCCUGUUACCCUGGUCAUCAGGGCACCCAACCAGAAGUACAAUGACCACACCAUCAACUGUUGCCAGAACUGGACUGUGGAGAAACUCAAAGUGCACAUCUCAGAUGUGUACCCAAGCAAACCAAGCUCUAAAGACCAGAGGCUGGUGUAUUCUGGGAAGCUGCUUUUGGAUCACUUUACCCUAAAAGAUGUGCUCAGAAAGCAGGAUGAGUACCACAUGCUCCACCUGGUGUGCGCCUCCCGAACCCCUCCCAGCUCCCCAAAGCCCCCCCGUAGCCGCAGUAACAAGCCUCAGGAGAACUCUGCUGGUCCCGCGCCCCUUCAAAACUCUACUAGUCCUUCCACUGGUCAACAUAGCCAGUCACCUCCAGCUGAGAGCAGUGAUGGACUCCGACAGCGAACUGGACCCUUCCCAUACCACCAGAUGUAUCCACAAUUAAUGCACAGCUGGAAUCAGUACUCCUCACAGUCAACUGCUCCCACAAACAUGCCCGCUUAUAUCAACCCCAUGACGCUAAUGUGGUGGCAGCAGUUGUACGCCCGGCAGUACUACAUGCACUAUCAGUUGCUGGCUGCCUCCUCUCAACACGUGAGGCCAGACCAGUCCUCGACUUCCUCCAACCAGCCCGACCCUCUGAGCCAGCGACCUCAGGCGGACCGCCGUGGCAACCCGGAAGUCCAGAUGAACGCCCAGGGAGGGGAGAUCCUGAACGAGGAGGAGCUGAACCGGGAUUGGCUGGACUGGGUGUACACAUUCUCACGCGCCGCGAUCCUCCUCAGUAUCGUGUACUUCUACUCCUCCUUCAGCCGCUUUGUCAUGGUGAUGAUGGCCAUGCUUGUGCUUUACCUGCAUCAGGCCGGCUGGUUUCCCUUCAACCUGGAGAAUGAGCUCCAGCUUCCUGGAGACGGAGCCAACCAGGAGGACGUGGAGGCAGAGCUACAGAACCAGGACUUACAGGAAAUGGAAGGAGUGAUGGAUGACGGCUCGGACGACGACGGUGAAAGUGGAGAGGAAGGAGCCGAGGAUCUAAACGGCGCCCCCCACGCGGGCUUCCUGUCCUCCACGUGGUCGUUCAUCAUAACCUUCUUCAUGUCUCUCAUCCCGGAGGGGCCGCCAAACGCUGCUAACUGAGCCACGAGCCGCCGCGGUUCUCCACAACAGCGCGCUCUUUCUUCAAGAAGACGAGUACCCCGCCUGCUUUCUGUUGCAGUACCGUGUUUUAGUUUCCCAAUAGUGUACUUUACUACAUGUCCAAGACUUUCAGCCAAAACACAAAUGACUUGAUUUGAUGUGAAAAGAGGAAAAACGGUCACAACAUUUUGAACUGUCAAGUGACAUGAAACUAAGCUGCUAUACACAAGGAUCACUAGUGAUGCCUUCAAAACAUAGUUAAAAAGUGUCUGCCAGGUUCUGCAUUAAUACAAGAGGGACACCAGGCACAUUUAUUAACACAAAUAUUUACAGCAUUCUUGUGUUUAACAACAUGAAGCUCUUUUUUUCCCCCUUUGUGAGGAGUUGCAAUAUUUGUUGAAAUGUGAUUUGUUUGUUUUGGCGGUUAUAUCCAAAUACAAGAUUUUAUUUAAAAAAGGGCCGUCCAAAAGCUAAACGUCAGAGAAUAGUCCUGAGUCAUGCAACGCCUGUGAUCAUUAACAUGAGUGAUGAAGUUUAUAGAAAUGUAUCUGAAUACAUUGUGUACUGUGUUGAAAUGUAUCCCAGAGUGAUGUUGGCUACAGAAGUGUGAUCUUUUUUGACUGGAGUGAGAGCUGAGUGAGGUAGAAGAAUUGAUCUUCCACCCUUAAUGGGAUACCACACAGGGCGGUCGUUGAUGGGACCGGGGCCACGUGGCAUCGGGCGAACAAGAGACACUUUGCACUGCCAACAUUCAGAUGUCAUGUUAGACAAAACGUACACCUCGAGUGUGUGAAAAUGGCUGAUGCUGUUACCUUUUGACACGUUCUGUAACAAUAAUAAUCAUGUUUAUUAAAAACCAGAACAGCAGUAUA